CUCAUAAACAACUAAAAUUGAGUGAGGUUGGUAAAGUACAACCAACCAAAAAGUUGAAUCAAGAUCAAUUUGAUAGGGAAAAUAUAAAACUAAUAAUUGAAACUGUAUCACCUUUUUCAUUUAUCGAAUAUCCUGCAUUUAUAAACUACUGUAGUGUGACAUCUAAUAAAGUUCCNUAUUCAACAACAGAAAUAAAUUCUCAAGAAUAUAAUCUACAAUCUACAUCUAGUGCUUUGUCUAGAGAAUGUCCCAGCACUAAUAGUGAUUCCGAGGAUGAUUUUUUUAGUUUUGGGGAAAAUAGUUCUGAUACAAAUGUUGAUAUCAAACUUCUGGUCAAUAAUUAUUUGUCUAAUGGAAAUUUAAAAUCUCCAUUAUAA